AUGUCGCGUCUAGAACCGGACACGAAUUUUGUGUUUGAGACGUCAGAGGAUUGCAAGGUGGUGCCGACGUUCGAUUCUAUGCAGCUGAAGGAGGAGUUGCUGCGGGGCGUCUAUGCUUAUGGCUUUGAGCGGCCUUCAGCCGUGCAGCAGCGCGCUAUCCUUCCGAUUAUCCAAGGUAGAGAUGUGAUCGUCCAGUCACAAUCGGGUACUGGCAAGACUUGCGUGUUCUGUGUCGGAGCACUGCAGUGCAUUGACAGCAAAAUCAGAGAUCCACAAGCCCUUGUGCUAUCUCCUACACGAGAAUUGGCGGAACAAUCCCAGAAAGUUUGCCUCGCCCUAGGCGACUACCUCUCCGUUCAGGUGCAUUGCUGCGUGGGUGGAAAGCGGGUAGGCGACGAUAUUAGAGCCCUUGAAGCCGGAGUACACAUUGUAUCGGGCACUCCAGGCAGGGUGUUUCACAUGAUCAGCGACAGACACUUCUCAACAAGGCACAUCAAAAUGUUGGUAUUGGAUGAAGCAGAUGAGAUGCUGAACAGGGGUUUCAAGGACCAAGUCUACGAUAUAUACAGAUACCUGCCACCAGCGACACAGGUGGUGCUGAUCUCCGCAACAUUGCCGCAUGAGGUACUGGAGAUGACGACCAAGUUCAUGUCCAAUCCUUUUCGAGUGUUGGUAAAGCGUGAUGAGUUGACGCUCGAGGGAAUCAAGCAAUUCUUUGUUGCUGUCGAAAGGGAGCAGUGGAAGUUUGACACGCUCACUGAUCUAUACGAUACGCUCACCAUCACCCAGGCCGUCAUCUUUUGCAAUACCAAAACGAAAGUCGAGUGGCUUGCCCAAAAACUCAAGGAAGCGAACUUCACGGUGAGCCGGAUGCACGGUGACAUGCCCCAGAAGGAGAGAGACGAGAUUAUGAAGAACUUCCGAAAGGGCCAGAGCAGAGUCCUUAUCGCCACCGAUGUCUGGGGGCGCGGACUGGACGUACACCAGGUCUCUUUGGUGAUCAAUUACGAUCUCCCCAACAGUCGUGAGCUGUAUAUUCACCGCAUCGGUCGCUCGGGGCGCUACGGAAGAAAGGGUGUGGCAAUCAACUUUGUCAAGAACGACGACAUCCGCAUUCUGAGGGAUAUUGAGCAGUACUAUGCUACCCAAAUAGAUGAGAUGCCAAUGAACGUUGCCGACCUCAUCUAA